GCGUGCGCAGCCCAGCGCCCCGCCCCGACCCCGGCCCCGGCCUCCGCCGCGCCGGCUGGGGCUGCCCGACCGGGCCCGGGCCCGGGCCCAGGUAGGCGGCGGCGGCGGCCUGGCAGGGCAGGUCCCCCCGGCAGCCAGGCUGGAGGCUCCCCGGGGGGCGCGGCUAGCGCAGGACGCCUGGGUUCCGCUCGGCGACUCGUGGGUCCCCGCCCUCUCUGUGCCUCAGUUUCCCCCUCUGCGCAGCGGGCUGAGGCGCUCCGCAAAGCGCUAGGGCGCUGGGAUAUUAGAGGCAGGUCCGAUGUAUUUUGCUGAGAUCCAGUGGGCUCUGCUGGACCCCGCUCCAAGGCCUGUCUACAGGGACAUGGUUCCAGAGAACUAUGGGACGCUCCUCUCUCGGGAUAGUGGAAUUAUUAACCCAGCCCUGCAGCAGGGAGGCCCCGAGACAGCACAGUCCCACAGGACGUUACCAGGGAUGAGAUCUGAAGGGAACGUUUACCAGGCCCCAGGCCACGCAGCCACUUGCCAGAGCCAGGCCAGGCCAGCAGGAAAACCAUGGAGCAAAACGGCUGCCAACAGCGAGGGCCUGAAGAAACUCAAAGAGGGCAGCGCUGCCCUGCAGCGGGUCCAGGCUCUGCCUCUCUCCCAGCCUGGAGGGAGCCAGACCGUGUGCACCCAGUGUGGGGGCAGUUUCGGCCAAAGUGUGCGCCCUGUCCAGCUGCCGCCGCAGCCACCCCAGCCGCGGGUCCCGGCAGCAGAGAGAUUCUACCAGUGCCCCGACUGCGGGAAGAGCUUCUCGGUCAGCUCCCACCUGACCAUCCACCGCCGGAUCCACACGGGGGAGAAGCCCUACCGGUGUGGUGAGUGUGGGAAGAGCUUCAGCCAAAGCUCCACCCUGGUGCUGCACCGGCGCACCCACACGGGGGAGAAGCCCUACAAGUGCACCGAGUGCGGGCGGAGCUUCGCCGUCAGCUCCCACCUGGCCAAGCACCAGCGCACCCACACGGGAGAGAAGCCCUACCAGUGCCACCACUGCGGGAAGCGGUUCAGCCAGAGCUCCACCCUCAAUCUCCACCAGCGGACCCACACCGGGGAGCGGCCAUACCGCUGCGCCGAGUGCGGCCGGGGCUUCUCUGUCAGCUCCCACCUGACCAUCCACCGGCGGAUCCACACAGGGGAAAAGCCCUACCGGUGUGGCGAGUGUGGCAAGAGCUUCCGUCAGCGAUCAGGGCUCAUCACCCACCAGAGAAGCCAUGCAGCGCAGAGACCCUACAAACGGCGGGUGCUCCUGGCUUUGGUGGCCGGGUUUCUUACCCGCCACCGAAGAGCGUCUGCAACCGAAGGGCCCUGUGCUGCCGAGUCCCAGCCGGGAUUCCCAGCCCCCUUCCCCCACGACCUGCUGUUCCAGAUGAGGCGAGGGGAAGGGCCCUGUGCCCCGCAUCUCCAGGACUCCACGCAAAGGGUGGUCCUGAGGGGAACCCGUGCAGCAUUCCUGCUUCACACUGAGCUCUGUCCAAUGACUCCAACAGAGCUAGACUCCUGGUCAGAGACUUGUACACCCUUCAGGGACCCAUCCACCUCAGUGGCAGGAGUGAGCCUGAGGUGGGAGAUCUCUGAGGCCGCACAGCCACACAGGAUGUCCACAAGAGGCUCCGCUGGGAACAAUCACCGGGGCCUGGACCCAGAACUAGCCUGGGGGGCCGAGGCCGGGGGGCAGCAGGGGGACUCCGAAGUGGAGUGUCUGGGCCCAGCCUGGAGGGAUGAGGAUGAGGCUGAGGCUGGGGGCCAGGAGGGAAACUCCCCGGUGGAGCGGCUCAGCCAGGCCUGGGGGAGUGAGGCAGAGGACCAGCCGGGCCAGGCCCCUCCCUACGCUGGCGCCCCGGCCCCCCGCCCAUCACCAGGGAAGCCCUACAAGUGCACGGAGUGCGGCAAGGGCUUCAGCCAGAGCUCCCACCUGAUGCGCCACCUGGGCACCCACACGGGGGAGAAGCCCUACAAGUGUGGGGCCUGCGCCAAGAGCUUCACCCAGAACUCCAACCUGCUGCAGCACCAGCGCAUGCACACGGGCGAGAAGCCCUACCACUGCCCGCAGUGCGGCAAGCGCUUCUCCUGGAGCUCCAACCUCAUCCAGCACCAGCGCCUCCACACCGGCCAGAAGCCCUUCCAGUGCGCCCAGUGCGGCAAGCGCUUCUGUGAGAGCUCCCGCCUGCUGGAGCACCAGCGCAUCCACACCGGCGAGAAGCCCUACCGCUGCCUGCAGUGCGCCAAGAGCUUCAGCCGCAGCUCCCACCUCAUCCGCCACCAGCGCAUCCACACCGGCGAGCGCCCCUACAAAUGCACCCAGUGCGGGAAAAGCUUCAGCCAGAGCUCGGCGCUCAUCCUACACCACGGGACCCACGCGGCCAACCCACUAUGAGCAGCCGGCCGGGGGAGGGACGGGGGGGAAGGUUUGGUGCACUGUUCGUGCCUUGUUAGAGACCCACGCUGGGAAUAAGGACACGCUGGACAUGUGGGCAAAGGGUUCCCAUGGGAAUGCAACGCUAAUUACGCCUCGGACACAGGUGAGCUCAGGGCUUAUUACACCUGGGAGAAUCCACAGGGGACACGUGGACAAAGGGCCUCUGUGGGAGAUCAAUGCUUAUUAGAUCUUGGAUGAUCCACGUGGGAUGGUGACUGCGGAGACAGGGGAGCUCCGUUUGUGACACCUCAGAGAGUCCAUGUGAGAUGGUGACCAUGGAUAUGGGGGAAUUCAGCACUUGUGCCACCUCGGAGAGUUCACGUGGGAUGGUGACCGUGGACAUGGGAGAGCUCAGUGCUUGUAACACCUUGGAGAGCCCUGGGGGGCAGGGGAGGGGAAAGAGACACUCUGUCCACCUGGGGGAAAGAUUCCUUUUGAAUUCACAACGUAUUCCACGUGUCCGAGCAAAGAGAAAUCUGGAGCAGGAAGUUUAAUCAUAGUGGACAUGUCUGCUGUGGAUCUGUGUUGUGCUCGGUGGUACCUUGGCUGCUGACAGAGUGGAAACCACGGGAGAAAAGUGUAUGUGGGGGGAGGAGGGUGUGUGUGGUUACACCCGGCAGAGACUCCGCUCGGGGAGAAGUCACUAACCUUGAAGAACAAUAAACUCAAGAAAUUCAACUUCUUCACCUGUCUCUCACCAGUGCGUCCAGUUCUGGUGCCCAUCAUUCAAGAAGGAUGUUGGUGAACUGGAGAGGGUUCAGAGAAGAGCUGCGAGAAUGAUUCAAGGAUACGAUUUAGUCAUGGAGGUCACAGAUUCCAUGAAAUUUUAAUGGACGUCUGUCACUUCUUUGGCUUCAACCGCACCCUGCGGCAGUGGUGGGGGCUAGUGCUGCCUCCCACCCCACAGCCAAGGUGGUCAGUGGCUGAGAUGGUUAGCAGCUGUGGCCAGAGCAGUCAGCGGAUGGGCCUGGAGCUGUCCCCCGUCUGUCCCUCCCACAGCGACCGUGGCUGUCCCACCUCACCACUGGCUUGAGCCAGGGCCAUCCCUUCCUUCCCCACCUUCAGCAGCCGGAGCUGGAGCUCUCCCUCCCCCAUUCUGGCCGUAGCUGGUGCUGGAGGGACCUGUGUCAUGUGUCCAUCUGUUUCUGCCCCCCCCGCCCCACACACACACAGUGGGACUCAGGCUGCCAACCUCUCCCCCCAACAGUUAUCUGUAAUAAAAGUCUCAGACAGGUUUCAGGCUUCCAUGAAUUUGUGUUUCUUGCCUGUGACCUGUCUGGGACUUUACUAAAAAUAACUGACAAAAUCUUAGGGUUCGUCUACACUACUGUGCUGUCGACUCCAGAACUCCACCAUGGCGAGAGGCGGAAGUGGAGUUGGGGGAGCGACAGUGGUCGAUUUGCCACUGUCCUCAUGGCCAGGUAAAGACCUAAGAUACGCCGACUUCUGCUAUGCGAUUUGCGUAGCUGAAGUUGCAUAUCUUAGGUCGACACCCCCCCCACCCACACACACACACUAUAAACCUAGCCUUAACCUCCACAAUGAUUAAAGGGUCCUAAAACCUGCCUCAUAGCGAGAGACCCCAAGAGCUCAGGGGUUGAGAACGUUGAGGGAUGACUUGGUCACAGUUUCUAGGUAUCUCCAUAGGGAACUAAUGUUUGAUAAUGGUCUCUAGGGUCCAGCCCAAUCCAAUAGCUGGAAGUUGAAGCCAGACCAAUUCAGACUAGAAAUAUCAUUUUAACCAUGAGGGUGCUGAACGAUGGGAGCAAGGGUGGUGAUGGAUUCCCCAUUGCUGGCCAUUUUUAAAUAAAGAUUGGAUGGUUCCCCUCCCUCCAACCCCCCAAAAGAUCCACGCUAUUUCAAACGGAUUCCUUGGGGGCGGUUCUCUGCCCUGUGCUACGCAGGAAGUCAGACUAGAUGAUCCCCGUGAUCCCUUGUGGCCUUGGGAUGUACGACCCUAGGAAAGUCCAUCCCUGCACCACUGGCUCCGAGACGGUGCUGAGGGCAGCGGGCAAAAUUCCACCUGCCUGCUGAGAGGCAGCAGCGUAAUGUUGUCGCCCUGCCCGAGUCUUACUCUGAAGGCCUAAGCUGGAUUUACGUGGCGGAUAGGCCUUUUUAAAAAUUAAUUGGUUUAUUAAGGUAGUGCCCACUGGGCAGCUGAGAAUGGGGCUCCAGUGUGCGACACAGACACUGAGUAGCAGGAGAGCUGCCCCGAACAGCUGACGAUCUGGACAGAUGGGACAGGCGCCGGGGAGUGGGGGUGGGGAAUACUGCACCAGCAGAGCAAAGAACGGGAAGGCUGAUGCAUCGCACUUCAAGAAUCCCCUAAGGAAACUACAUAUUAAGGGCAAAGCAAAUGCGGGCUCUGGUACACUGUCCAGGCAAAAAAAGCUUGGAAUGGCAGCUUAUUAAGAGCCAGUGGCUGCCCUUACUGGAAGAAGAGAGGUGUGACCCAGAGAUCCCUUGAAGCAACCAUCCAGAGGGCAUAAGGGGGCGUGUGGGAUUUCUAGGGAUCCCCUGGAUCUAUCGUCUACCUAAUAGUGCGCCAAAGGGUGGUGUUUGAGGUCUCUGCCAAGAGCCAGUGAUCCACUGGUCAUCUUAAGCCUUGUGAGAUGGAUGAGAUUUAAGGAGUUCUGUCUCUAUACUGAGGUUCUUAAGGGGCGCUAGUUAAGAGUGGUCAUCAGAAAGUGAUAAACAGGUUUUGUUCAGGCAGGGGGUAGGAGACACUUGGCUCCCUGGCUGCUGUUGUGUGUCUCACGAUGGGCGUCUGUUUGCACUGCUAAUUGAAGUUUGCAAAAUCUACAAGAAAGAAGCCUAUGAGGGAGAGAGGGAGGGUGUAUGUGUGUGUAAUAAAAACAACCAGCAAGGUUGCGUGUGUAUGUGUGUGUGUGUAGAAAACAACCAGCAAAGGGUGUGUGUGUGUGUGUUUGUGUGUGAGAGAGAGAUAAAAACAACCAGCAAGGGGUGUGUCUGUGUGUAUACAAUAAAAACAACCAACAAGGUGUGUGUGUGUGUGUGUAUGUAGAAUAAAAACAACUCGCGAGGGAGGGAGGGUGCGUGUGUGUAUAGGUAGAAUCAGUGAUGAGCUGCCAAAAUAUUAACAACCAGUUCCCUCUUCCUCACCCCAUGAGGGAGUCAUGCCUCCCUGGGACUCCUGCCCCAUCCACCCCCCUUCCCUGUCCCCUGACUGCCCCCUGCCGCCCCAUCCAACCUCUGCUUCCUCCUGACUGCCCCCCUGAGACCCUUGCCCCCAUUCAAUCCCCCUGUUCCCUGCCCUCUGACAGCCCUGACACUAAUCCACCCCCCCAACUCCCCUGCCCUCUAUCCAACACCCCCCCUCCAUGCUCCCUGCCCCCUUACCACGCUGCCUGGAGAUAGGGGCUGGGCCGGAGCCAGAGUCAGGGCACCCAGCCGGCCAGGCCCAGGGGCCAGGCCAGAGCUGUGCAGCGCCUGGAGCCCUCUUUGCACCCCCGCCCCCCUGCCCCAGCUCACCUGCAGGAAACCACUGCUUCCUUCUCAGCUCUCCCAGGCUUCCCGUGUGAACAGCUGAUUCACGGGAAGCCAGGGAGGGGGAGGAGAAGCCUUGGGAGCGUUCAGGGGAGCAGGCAGAGGUGGAGUGAGGUGAGCUGAGGCCGGGGGAAGGGCAGGGAGCUGCUGGGGCCUUUGGUAAAUUUAAAAGCCCUUGCGGGACUACCAGUUCUAAAAGGGCUUCUAAAUUUAACAACCGGUUCCCGCGAACCGGUGGGAACCAGCUCCAGAGAGUGUGUGUA